AUGUCAGGGAACAACGCGAAGGAACAGAACGGCGACGUGGCGCCACCUGGCGGCGUGCUGCAGCCGGCAGCAGUCGCGAUCACUUCGAGCCCGCUCGGCCUGGCCGUCUAUAACACGCUGCGAGUGUCGCACCCGCGCCUCGCCGCAUCCUGGAUCGCCCUGCGCCCGUGGACAUUCAGCGCGUCGCUCACUCCCGUCGCCAUGGGAACGGCGCUGGCGUACCGCGCGACGGGCGCGUGCGACGCGUGGUUGCUGGUAGCAACGCUCGUUACCGUGCUAUCAGUACACGGGGCAGGCAACCUAGUCAACUCUUACUUCGACUACCAGCGCGGCGGCGACAGCGGCGGCGACAACGGGGGCGACAGCGCGCUCGUCUACGUCGUCGGCUGUGUCGGCUUCGGCGUCGUCUGCUGGCUGUCUCGCGCGCGCACGGGCCUACUCGCGCUCCUCUUCUUCGGCGGACUCUCCAGCUCGUUCCUUUACACGGGCGGCGUCGGCCUCAAGUACGUCGCCCUCGGUGACGUCAUCGCCUUCGUCGCCUUCGGUCCCGUCUGUACGUUGUUCGUGUUCGCUGCGCAGACGGCUCAGGCGUCGUGGCUGCCGCUCGUCUACGCGAUCCCGCUCGCUCCCAACACGGAGGCGGUCGUGCAUGCGAGCAACGCGCGGCGGGCGGCGACGGACGCGCGUGUCGGCAUCGUCACGCUCGCCGUCCUGCUCGGCCCUGUCGGCUCGUACGCUCUCUUCGUCGCGCUGCUGUUCGCGCCGUACGUCGCCUUCGCGGCGCUCGGCCGCGCGGUGGCGCCAGCGUUCUACCUGCCGCUGCUCUGCCUGCCGACGGCGUUUGACGUGGAGCGGGAGUACAGGGAUGGGAGGCUGGACACGCUGCCGGACAAGCUGGCGCGACUUAACUUCCUGUUCGGCGUGUUGUACACGGCCGCCUGUCUGCUGGUUAGCUCACAGGACAUGCCGCUGCUCGCUGCCGACGCAUGCGUGAAAGCGUAG